AUGUCCGAAGGCCGGGUCUGCGGGCGGGUGAACGCGCCGUCCGCCAUGCACCAGUCGUUCGCGGCCACGGCCGAGGGCGUGAGGGGCCUGGAGGACCUUGGGUUCUUCUCGUUCCACGCCGCGCAGAAGGAGCACAGCCUCUUCAUGGAGGUAUUCAACGGCAUCUUCCUGGCCGCGCUGGACUCGAGCGGCCCGUCGUGCUUCGUCGACCGGGAGAGGGGCAUGCUUGGCGGCCCGGGCAAUUAUGUCUACAAGCAGCACGGCGAGCCCGAGGGUUGGCAUCAAGGUUUUUUCGCCACCUUCCUCAGCCUCGUCAACGCGCUCGACACCAGCGGAGACCUGGCAGCGGACGCCGUGGAGUUCGCGCAGGCGAAGGCGCAGAGGCCUGCGCAGUUUCGCCAGGUCGUCGGCGACUGGUGUGCUGCCUGGGCGAACGCGGACCCGUUUGAUCACGCCGUUGGCUGCUAG